AUGCGUCAUCUCGUGUUGUUUGCAGGAUCGUCCAUUCCAGAACUUGGACAAAAGAUUUCUGAACAUUUAGGCUGCCAAAUUGGCGGUUGUACAUUGUCGAAAUUCAGUAAUCAAGAAACACGAGUGGAGAUUUAUCAAUCCGUACGCGAAAAAGAUGUGUAUAUCGUCCAGUCCGGUUGUGGUCACGUCAACGAUAACCUUAUGGAGCUUCUUGUUAUGAUUCAAGCUUGCAAAACAGCGUCGGCAAAAAGAGUCACGGCGGUUAUUCCGUAUUUUCCAUAUUCGAGACAAGCCGAUAUCCCUUACCGACCGUCGGGCGCUCCACUCACACAAGCGCCUCCGUUGACCGAGCCAUCCACGCCACGGACUGUGCCUUCCACCCCACGUACUGUACCUUCGACGCCCAAAAUGGAUCGCGGGGCUCUCAUCAACGCAGAAUCCUUUACAAGGGAAGUCGAACGGAUCGCCAUGGCGCAAAAGUUGGAACGACCCAUGGAGCGGCCACACACGUACACUCCCGCUGAUAAUGCUCCUUUACCAUGUGCUUACAAUGAUAAGAACGGCAGCUACCGUGAAUGGGUGGCUCGGUCAGGCACUCUGGUGGCAGACUUACUAACAUGCGCAGGUGCAGACCAUAUUAUCACCAUGGAUCUCCAUGAUCCACAGUUUCAAGGCUUCUUUGAUUGCCCCGUUGAUAACUUGUCGUCCGAACCACCCAUGGUCCGCUAUAUAAAACAGCAGAUCCCCGAUUAUCAGAAUGCCAUCAUCGUAUCCCCAGAUGCCGGUGGCGCAAAAAGAGCCACGAGAAUCGCGGAAAAAUUGAACAUGACCUUCGCGUUAAUUCAUAAAGAACGUCGGCGUCCCGAUAAACCGAACCACUUGGACAUGAUGCUGGUGGGCGACGUUUCCGGCAAAGUGUGUAUUUUGGUAGACGAUAUUGCUGACACGGCUUUCACCAUCAGCAAAGCAGCCAAGGUGUUGCAUAAGCAAGGAGCGAAAAAGAUUUAUGCGCUUAUUACGCAUGCCAUCUUGAGUGGUGAUGCAUUGCAACGUAUUCAACAAAGUUACUUGGAUGUAGUGGUGGUCAGCAAUUCGGUGCCGCAGGAAGAACACACGCGUAAAUGCAGCAAGUUGUACACGUUCAAUGUCGCCCCCAUCUUUGCCGAGGCAAUACGACGAACUCACAAUGGUGAAAGUGUAAGCAUGCUAUUUAAUUUAGACAAUGAACUCAUUUAA